AUGCGCGCCUAUCUGACUCUGGCAUUGCUAGCCAGCUCUUCCCUCGCACAAUCAACAGUCCAAUUGUUCAAUUUCUCUAGCUACGUCGAUAUCGAAAACAUUGCUCUUCGCCCGAACGGCCAUCUCCUCCUUACUACUUUCGAUCAAGGCCGUCUCUACACCCUCAACACUUCCGGUCGCACUCACCACGCUCAAUUAGUCGCGUCUCUCCCAGGGGCCACCGCCCUCUGUGGAAUAACAGCCAUUGAUCAUGACAAGUUUGCCAUUGUUGGAGGGAUCAGGGGCAGCUACAGCUACACGAAUGAGACACUCUAUACUGUCGACUUUACCCAUAACGCCGUCAAUCCCAUCAUUCGGACAGUUGCCCGUAUCCCUAAUGCCGUGAUGCUCAACGGCAUGGCUUCCUUGCCUACACAACCACACAUCGUUCUGAUCGCAGAUUCACGACUCGGAUGCUUAUUCCGCGUUGAUACAACAACGGGUAUCUCGAAAAUAACCUUCAGGGACGACACUCUAGCAGCACCCACAAACGCAAGCAUUCCGAUCGGAAUCAACGGGUUAAAGAUCGCUCGCGGCUACUUGUACUUCACAAACACCGCACGGGGGACUUUCUCACGAGUCCCUGUCAGUGCAGAUGGGCUGAAAUUCGGCGAUGUAGAGCUUAUUGUUAGCCUGGAUAUGAGUGUCUCCGGGGAUGACUGGGAUGAUUUCGCCUUGGAUACAGAUGGUGUCGCGUAUAUUGCGCAGCCUGAUAAUUCUAUAGUGAGGAUUCAGCCAGAUGGUCAACAGAUUAUUGUUGCUGGCGGGGGAGAGACAGACGAUAUUAUCGGGCCUACUUCGGUGCAGGUCGGGAUAAGUGGAGUGUUGUAUGUUACUACUCGUGGUGGAACUGUUGAUGGGGUUACGUAUAGUGGUCAAGUAGUAGAGGUGCAACUAGCUGAGUAG